AUGUCCGUGGGUUUCGCCUCUCGCGGCCACAGCCCAUCAACGUCCGUGGGCCGCGGAGGCCGUUUUGCCGGCCUCUUUGCCUUUUUUCUUUCUUGUGCGGCAAGAAGGAAGGGGGAAGAGAAGAGGACGACGCGCACGGCCGCCGCGCCGCAAGCAGAAAGAGAAGCCGCGGCACGACUGCACGAGACAGGCCAUUCGCAGCCGGCCGCCCCCUGCCCCAAGGUUCACCGGCGCGCGGCAACGAACGUCGGCGGGUUCUUCCUCCAGGCAAGGCAAGCGUCCUCCCCCUUUCUCGCCCUGCCCCACAUGACAGUCCCCGUUGCCUAUGAGAUUAUGGAAAUAUUUGCCCUGGCGAUGCUCAGAAUCCUUAAUUUUGCCCUCAUUUUGCAGAUAGUAACAGUACCCGAAACACUGCUGCUGAAAAUGGGCAGCGCUGAAGUCCCACUGCCUGUGGCCGUGCCGUCACCUGAAAUACCAGCUGUGAACGGAGGCUCAUCUGCCGCCACCGCAGCUCCUGCUACCGAAUCGAAGCCGAAAAAGAAGAUAUGCUGCGCGUGCCCUGAUACAAAGAGGCUGAGAGAUGAGUGCGUCGUCGAGCAUGGUGAAUCUGCUUGCACCAAGUGGAUCGAAGCUCACAAGCGAUGCCUCCGUGCUGAGGGGUUUAAUGUCUGA